UUAACCCUACGCACGUCGCGCUUUGGCGGACCUCCGUUUGUUGACGCCUCGAGUUUGAGUGUCUGACGUUGAAUGAUGUCUGUUAUGAUCGGUAACUGUGACAAGUCUCAAAGCUGAUCACCGUCAUUGGAAGAAGAGGGAAGUGGGAUUUGCCCCCCGGCCCACCAUGACGUCAGACGGCAGCAGACCGCAGAUGGAGCACGAUGAGGCAGAGCUGAUCAUGGAGGAUGGCAGAGUGUAUCGUAACCCCACGGAGGUGAAGAUGAGUCAGAUUGUGCUGCCCUGUCACGCCAACCACCGCAAAGAGCUGAGCGUGGGUCAGCUGCUCAAAUGGAUGGACUCUACCGCCUGCCUCUCCGCCGAGAGACACGCUGGAUGCCCCUGCGUCACGGCCUCUGUGGACGACAUCCACUUCGAGCGCACCAUCGGUGUUGGACAGGUGGUUAACAUCAGGGCUAAAGUGAACAGAGCUUUCAACACAAGCAUGGAGGUGGGGAUCGUGGCCAGCUGUGAGGAUUUGUACAGUAACAGUCACUGGAAGGUGUGCCAGGCCUUCGCCACCUUUGUAGCCAGGAGCUCAGGCACAGAGAAGCAGGUCCACUUGAAGCAGUUGGUCCCUCGCACUCACAGAGAGCAGGUGGAGUACAGCGUGGCGGCGGAGAGACGCAGGAUGAGGCUGAUUCAUAUUGACAUCAUGAAAGAUCUGCUGAAUAGCACCAGCUUUCAGAGUAGCAUCAAUGAGGGUGUGAGCGAGGGUCAGGAUGAAGAGACGGAAGUGCCAGCUGAGAGAACUCGAGUGGAAAGCGUAGAGCUAGUUCUGCCCCCGCACGCCAACCACCAGGUCAGCACGUUUGGAGGUCAGAUCAUGGCCUGGAUGGAGAAUGUAGCUACCAUUGCUGCCAGCCGUUUAUGCAACGCCCAUCCCACUCUGAGGAACAUCGACAUGUUCCACUUCAGAGGGCCCUCCCAGGUUGGAGACCGCUUGAUCCUAAAGGCCAUCGUAAACAACACCUUCAAGAACAGUAUGGAGGUGGGUGUAUGUGCGGAGGCGUAUCAGGGGGAGGAGCCACUGAGACACAUCAACAGUGCCUUUAUGAUGUUUGAGGUACUGGAUGAGGAGGGAAGCCCACGCCCACUUCCUCCAAUACAUCCUGAACCCAAGGAUGGAAAGAGGAGAUACCAGGAAGCCAUUGCCAGAAAGAAGAUUCGACUGGACAGAAAAUACAUCAUCUCCUGUAAAUACACUGAAAUGCCCCUGUCUGUGCCCUGGGACCCCACUAACCAGGUGUAUCUCAGCUACAAUAACGUGUUCGCUCUGAAGAUGUUGGCGGCCAGAAAUAAGUGGGUCCUCAGCUCUAAGAAGAACAAUGUAAAGCUGUACACCUUGGAGGAGAAUCAGACGCUGAGUUUUAGAGUUGAAGCUGAGGUGAAAGUUCCAGCAGCGAGAGCUUUCCUCCUGCUCUCUGACCUCAGCCGCAGACCAGAAUGGGACAAUCACUACAAGCAGUGUGAGCUGAUAGUGCCGGUUGAUGAGGAUGAUCUGAUCUACCGUGUUCUCACUCCCUCGGUCAGUGAGGGGGGAAAGGUCCAGGACUUCAUCUUGCUGGCCUCCAGGAGACCACCCUGCGACACUGGGGACCCAUAUGUUGUUGCCCUGCGGUCAGUCACCCUCCCCACACACCCCCCCACUGACGACUUCAACAGAGGAGAGGUGUUCUGUGCUGGAUUCACCAUUUAUGAGGUCUCCGAAAGUGUUUCUAAGAUUAAUUACUAUAAUCAGACCAAUCCGGGGGUGUUGCCUUACAUCUCCACAGACAUAGCUGGACUGUCCUCCAGCUUCUGUUCCACCUUCCUGUCCUGCAACAAGUUCCUUCUGGAGAACAGAACCGGAACUUCUGUCAUUUCUAAUGCUGCACUGUAGCGUCUGUAGCUGCUCUUACAGACUGUUUACUCAUUUUCUACAAAGAGAACACUAACGGUGUGCUUUGGGCAUUUUUAUGGGCUGGUCAUUUUGGCCAAUAUGGGAAAACAGUGCUUUUGUGCUUAUGAAAAUAUCUCAUGCUGAGAGAUUGAAAUGUUUUAUGAGGGAAUUCAGAAACUCAGUUUACAUAUCACUCACGAUGAUUCUGUGUGUGAUCCUGUUUGUUUUUAUUUUCUGUGCCUAGGGCUGGGCGAUAAAACGAUAACGAUAAUUAUCGCGAUAUAACUUUUCCUUGAUAGAGCAAUACGACAUGUUUGAUAAAUGUUCGAUAUAAUACACCACUCUCACACCUCCACGUUCAGCGAAAGCCUUGGUGGCGUUUUCUACUACAAGGAAAGCGACAUUACUGUGCUGUCGCCAAUAGAGGGCGCACUUCCGAGUUUUUCUACAUGAUUAGAGAGGGAGGGGGCCACGAGAAAGAUGAGUCUUUAGCAACGGCUGAAACGCGGAGUUAUACAUCCCCUGUUUGAGUGGAGCGACCGGCGAUCUGCUCUCCUGUGACCGAGUGUGAGUGAUGAGGUCAGUGGUGUAACUGUACUGUCCUACAGUGAAAUCACUUCCAUCAUAACAUCGUAACCAGCUUUAGCAGCGUUAAAUCACAAUCUUCACAACUACAGCGCUGUUGCAGCGCUCGGACAGUCAUAUUUAAGUAUUAGUGCAUUCCCAAGCAACGAAAGUGAAAGAAAGAAGUGGGUUCAUCUAAAUUACAGCCCUGAUUUAAACGAAAGUAAACUGAGGAAGCUGUGAGGCGUUGGAGAGCGGGAGAGCACUAUCUUUCCAGGCUAGCUGUUUUUAGCAGCUGGCUAACUUGAAGCAGCUCUGUCACUCGCACAGCACGGCGAAUUGAUGAUACUGUAGAUUAAACAAGACACAAAAGCACUGCUUUCAGUUUAAACGUACCUAAAAGGAGGACUCUGUUUGUCUGGUGUUGAUAUUUUGCGGUUCACCCCUUAAACUACUACGAUAGUAUAGAGAAAUCCAGUCGUCGCUAGCUGACACUCUCUCCCACUCUCCCAUGACAGAUCUGUGAAAUGUUCCACUGUUUGGUGAGUGUUUGUCGUGUUCCGACCAUAAAGGACAGUUUUAAACAGCAGUUAACCCCCCAGGACCAAAAAUCAGCCUUCAAACUUGAAAGAAAUAAUGUUUUGACAUUUAUCGCGGUAUGUAUCGAUAUCGAACGAUAUGAAUUUUGUUUAUCGUGAUAACAAUUUUGGCCAUAUCGCCCAGCUCUAUCUGUGCCAGUGAUUCUGUUAAUGAACAUUUUACAUAAGACUGAAACAUGAAAUAAUAUAUUUUGGUGUUAUUGGUGUAAAAGGUUUUUAAAGGGUUUUUAAAUCUUAAAUAAUCAGAUUGCUAAUUAGCAAUUUUUCAUUUUAAACUCUACACUGUUUACAUAAAUUUUGUUCUUGAGUACUGAACCUUAAAUACACAUAAUACAACAUCUUAGCAAUAUUUACUGUGGCUGCUCUAGGUACAAUUUUCAUACACUUAUUUAUUCAAUUCAAGCCGAUGCAGAGGUGCCUUAAUUCAAUAUAAUUUUUGAUACAGCAAUAAUAAGAAGUGGCUGUAAUUGUCCAUUAUGUUAAUAAUGUUUGCUUUUUUCAGAUUAUUUGAGUAUUCAAAAUGAUAAAAGUACAUCUGACACAGAAGUGCUUUGUGGUGUCCCGAUCUAAUGGUCAAGCCACAUGUUGAUGUAUUAGCCCCAAGCUAACACACUAGCCACAUGCUGUAAUGCUAGUGAUGAUAAAACAUUAUGAUGCAUUACAAAAUAAUAUACUGCAAAAAAUGUCAGUACAAUAUGUUUUAUUGUUACAUCCUUAAUUUGGACGUCAAUAAAUUCAUUUGAACAUGUUUAACUGAUGAUAUCUUGCACACCAAAUGCAAUCAAAUGCAUUCAGACAGCAAAAGCACAAUAUUUUGUUUGCCUUUUCUCCGAUGAUAUGAACUCUGAACAAUCUGAAAAUUUGAACAAUCACUGUUGUCGAACUCUGGCACAUGACUGAUCAGCUGUAUCCCAGUAAUAAUGUUGGCAAACAUUUGUCUAAUGCGUUGUCUUCGAAAGCAUCUUUAGCAGAGUUAUGUAAAUUACAGUUGUGUGCACUUCUGAAUAUUUAGCAUUUUUGUGUCGUAAUUUGUGUCAAAUUCAGUGUGUUUGGUGUCCUUUAGAUGAAGGGAAUACAUACAUUUUAUCACAAGA